AUGCUAGCCAAUACGUACUAUGACGACGACAACGGUGAAGAGGAGCUACAGAGAGGACAUCAACAGCCCGAAGGCAAGCACAAACCCGCGCAACGCAAAGCGAUCACCGCUUAUCCUAUCCACGUCCACCAUUCCUGCGACCGGACCUCGUUUGUGUGA